UGUCGGGGUGCCUGUGCGGGCUGGGAGUUGGAUGACCCACGUGGCAUGGGGGGUGCAGAGAUGUGUGUGUGUGUGUGUGGGGGAGGGUUUCCAUUUCCCCCAAAAAAAGCCACCAGUGUCUGACACGAGUGUGUGUGUGAGAGAGAGAGAGACCUGGGACGACUCACUCAUUCUCCUCAUCUUUCAUUUCAAAGCAGCAGAACCAACAGAAAACAGCACUCAACAUGGGAAUAGGGUUGGGUCAGGAGGCCGAUCCCGUGCCUGUAAAACUUGGGAAGAAGAAGAGGAAGGAGAAGGAUCUGGAUGAGCUGAAGAAGGAAGUGGACAUCGAUGACCAUAAGAUCUCUCUGGAGGAGUUGAGCCAGCGUUAUGGAGUUGACCUCUCUAGGGGUCUGACCAACAAGCGUGCUGUGGAGAUUCUGGCGCGUGAUGGGCCGAACGCGCUGACCCCUCCCCCCACCACGCCCGAGUGGGUCAAGUUCUGCAAGCAGCUGUUCGGCGGCUUCUCCAUCCUGCUCUGGAUCGGCGCCAUCCUCUGCUUCUUCGCCUACAGCAUCCAGGCCGCCACCGAGGACGAGCCGGCCAAUGACAACUUGUAUCUCGGCGUGGUGUUGGCAGCUGUGGUCAUCAUCACCGGCUGUUUCUCCUACUACCAAGAGGCCAAGAGCUCACGCAUAAUGGACUCCUUUAAAAACAUGGUCCCACAGCAUCCCGUGAGGGAAGCUCAAAUUAACGAGGAAGUAAUAAGGGAGAUCCAGGAGAUCAAAGGUGGAUAACGCCUCCCCCAGGUGAUAACUCCUCUGACCCCCAAGGUGGAUAACCUCUCUCUUUACGGGGAGUCGGAGCUUCAGACUCGCUCUCCUGAGUUCACCAAUGAGAAUCCUCUGGAGACCAGGAACAUCUGCUUCUUCUCCACCAACUGUGUGGAGGGUUUGCGUGGUCAUUGCACCUGAGUGACCACCACGGUGAUGAAGCGCUGUAAGCUUCGCUGGCGUCGGAGGCUGGCUGGCGUGGGCCAGACGCCCAUCAACCAGGAGAUCGAGCACUUCAUCCACAUCAUCACGGGCGUGGCCGUGUUCCUGGGCGUCUCCUUCUUCAUCCUCGCCAUCACUCUCGGCUACACCUGGCUCGAAGCCGUCAUCUUCCUCAUCGGGAUCAUCGUCGCCAACGUGCCAGAGGGCCUGCUCGCCACUGUCACCGUGUGUCUGACGCCAUCGCUGCUUACGGCCAAGAAGAACUGUCUGGUGAAGAACCUGAGGUGGACGCCGCCCACUUCCACCAUCUGCUCCGACAAGACCGGAACCCUGACGCAGAACCGCAUGACUGUCGCCCACAUGUGGUUCGACAACAUGAUCCAUGAGGCCGACACUACAGAGGAUCAGUCUGGCUCUGGCUUUGAUAAGACAUCUCCUACAUGGUCAGCUCUGGCCCGGGUAGCUGGGCUGUGUAACCGUGCCGUCUUCACAUCAGGACAGGAAGACAUUCCCAUAUUGAAGAGGGGCACUGCAGGCGAUGCCUCAGAGUCUGCCCUGCUGAAGUGUAUUGAGAUGUCCUGUGGAUCUGUGAGAGCUAUUCGCAACAACAACCCCAAAGUAGCUGAGAUCCCCUUCAACUCCACCAACAAGUACCAGCUCUCUAUUCAUGAACCUGAGGAAAGUCCCAACACCAACCUGCUCAUCAUGAAGGGAGCACCUGAGAGAAUCUUGGACAGAAAAUUCCUGAGGUUUCGUUUGGCUGUGGGUGAACUUCCCACUGGCGCCUCUGGCACCUGGGCUGAUGUCCAUGAUCGACCCGCCGCGCGCAGCAGUGCCCGACGCUGUGGGCAAGUGCCGCUCCGCCCGGAGAUCAAGGUGAUCAUGGUAACCGGGGACCACCCCAUCACAGCCAAGGCAAUCGCUAAGGGCGUAGGCAUCAUCUCCGAGGGCAACGAGACCGUGGAGGACAUCGCCGAGAGACUCAACAUCCCGCUCAGCCAAGUCAACCCAAGGGAUGCCAAGGCGUGUGUGGUGCACGGCUCUGACCUGAAGGACAUGAGUGCGGAGUAUCUGGAUGACCUCUUGAGGAAUCACACAGAGAUCGUCUUCGCCAGGACCUCCCCCCAGCAGAAACUCAUCAUCGUGGAGGGAUGUCAAAGACAGGGAGCUAUCGUGGCAGUGACUGGUGACGGGGUCAACGACUCCCCUGCUCUGAAGAAGGCGGACAUCGGGGUUGCCAUGGGGAUCGCUGGCUCAGACGUGUCCAAGCAGGCCGCAGACAUGAUCCUGCUGGACGACAACUUCGCCUCCAUCGUCACCGGAGUGGAGGAGGGCCGGCUGAUCUUUGAUAACCUGAAGAAGUCCAUCGCCUACACACUGACCAGCAACAUCCCGGAGAUCUCCCCCUUCCUCUUGUUCAUCGUCGCCAGCGUGCCCCUCCCCCUCGGCACCGUCACCAUCCUCUGCAUCGACCUGGGCACCGACAUGGUUCCCGCCAUCUCUCUGGCCUAUGAGACAGCGGAGAGUGACAUCAUGAAGAGGCAGCCCCGCAACCCAAAGACAGACAAGCUGGUCAAUGAGAGGCUCAUCAGUAUGGCCUACGGACAGAUCGGCAUGAUCCAGGCUCUGGCAGCUUAUUCCGCGUGCUGUGAUCUGGCUGAGCGGCUUCUGCCCAGUGUCAUAUUGGGCAAGAAGACUGGACUUAACGAGGUGGAGGACUACUACGGACAGCAAUGGACAUAUGAGCAGCGUAAGAUUGUGGAGUUCACGUGCCAUACAGCGUUCUUCACGAGCAUCGUGGUGGUUCAGUGGGCCGACCUGAUCAUCUGCAAGACCAGGAGGAACUCACUCUUACAGCAGGGCAUGAAGAAUCGGAUCCUGAUCUUUGGCAUGUUUGCGGAGACGGCUCUGGCUGCUUUCCUUUCCUACUGCCCUGGCAUGGACAUAGCUUUGAGGAUGUACCCAUUAAAGAUAUCCUGGUGGUUCUGUGCCUUCCCAUACAGCCUCCUGAUCUUCAUCUACGAUGAGAUACGCAAGUUCAUCAUACGCAGGCAGCCUGGAGGCUGGGUGGAGAUGGAAUCAUACUAUUAAACCAAAUCAACACAUCGUCCCUCCUUCAGUGUGCUGCUGUGUAGAGCAGGGCCAGCGUAUUUCUGUGGGUACAUCUCUGAGAGUGUGUGUGUGUGUGUGUGUGUGAGAGAGAGUGAGAGAGAGAGAGAGAGGCUUGCAGAGUAGCAACACCAAAACAGACCCAGACCUGCUCUUGAGAUGAUCCAGAGGCUUCCCUGUGUGUGUGUGUGUGUGUGUGUGUGUGUGGUCUUGGUCCAGAAGGCUCCCAUAACAUUUGGGGAAAAUGAGGGAAUACAGUUUUGAAUUAAUUAAUUAAUUAAUGGAUGUGUGAUGGAUGGAGUGAAAAAAAUGAGUGAGUGAGUGUGUGAGUGAGUGAGUGAGUGAGUGUGUGGAUGAGUGAGUGAGUGAGUGAGUGUGUGGAUGAGUGAGUGAGUGUGUGGAUGAGUGAGUGAGUGAGUGAGUGUGUGAAUGAGUGAGUGAGUGAGGAGAGUGUGUGAGUGAGUGAGUGUGUGAGAGGAGUGGAUGAAUGAGUGAGUAAGGGAAUGAGUCAGGAGGUCUGCCUUGACUGGUAAAUACUGAAUGCUGCUGCCAUGCUCAGUCAUGUGACACGUGUAUGGAACCUUCGCAUUUGAAAUGAACGUGUGCAGCAAGGACGCCACAUAUCAAUGAGCUGUAUUUGUGAAAAUAAAGAAUUAAGACAAUUAUUA